GCUUGCUUGUAUUAGAAAGAGUGGGUGACUUGCUAAGAUAUUUAGCCUUUUUACAGAGUAAUGAUUUUUUCUUUCUUUCUUCUUUCAAGAUCCUCACAUUAAAGUCUCUGGGAAAAAGGAGAAUGUUAAAGAAGCUAAAGAAAAGAUCAUGUCUGUCUUGGACACAAAAAGCAAUCGAGUCACCCUGAAGAUGGACGUAUCUCAUACAGAGCAUUCUCAUGUGAUUGGCAAAGGAGGAAAUAAUAUUAAAAAAGUGAUGGAAGAAACAGGCUGCCACAUCCAUUUUCCAGAUUCUAAUAGGAACAACCAGGCGGAAAAAAGCAAUCAAGUGUCUAUCGCAGGGCAACCAGCUGGAGUGGAGUCUGCCAGAGUUAGAAUACGGGAGCUGCUCCCGCUGGUGUUAAUGUUUGAAUUACCCAUAGCUGGAAUCCUUCAGCCGAUCCCUGAUCCGAGUUCUCCCACGAUUCAGCAUAUAUCGCAGACAUAUAAUAUUUCAGUGUCCUUUAAACAGCGUUCUCGGACAUAUGGCGCUACGGUCAUCAUCAGAGGAUCCCAGAGUAAUGCUAGUGCCGUGAAGGAAGGAACAGCUCUGCUUUUGGAGCAUCUGGCGGGGAGCUUGGCUUCUGCGAUCCCUGUGAGCACCCAGUUAGAUAUAGCGGCUCAACAUCAUCUCUUUAUGAUGGGUCGAAAUGGCAGCAACAUCAAGCACAUCAUGCAGAGAACUGGUGCUCAGAUCCAUUUCCCUGAUCCUAGUAAUCCCCAGAAGAAAUCCACAGUCUACCUCCAAGGCACUAUCGAAUCAGUCUGUCUUGCCAGACAAUAUCUCAUGGGCUGCCUUCCUCUUGUGCUGAUGUUUGACAUGAAGGAAGAAAUUGACGUAGAACCACACUUUAUCACACAGCUGAUGGAGCAGCUAGAUGUCUUCAUCAGUAUUAAACCAAAGCCGAAACAGACCAGUAAGUCUGUAAUUGUGAAAAGUGUUGAGCGAAAUGCCUUAAACAUGUAUGAAGCACGGAAGUGUCUCCUGGGCCUGGAAAGCAGUGGCGUUGCCGUAGCAACAAACCCGUCCCCCGUCUCUUGCCCGGUCGGCCUCUCUUGUCCUGGCUUGGACAUCUUGACCUCAGCUGGCCUCGGACUAACUGGACUUGGUCUCUUGGGUCCAACCACUUUAUCUGUCAACACAUCCACUCCCCCCAACUCCCUCCUAAAUGCUCUUAAUAGUUCUGUUAGUCCUUUGCAGAGUCCCAGUUCAAGCACGCCAAGUCCAACUCUCUGGGCUUCAUCAAUCGCUAAUACGAGCACCACAGGUUUCUCUGCUAUUCCUCACCUGAUGAUGCCACCUACUGCACAAGCUACAUUAACCAGUAUAUUGUUGUCAGGAGUGCCAAACUAUAGUCAGAACACACCAUCUCCCCCUCCUGGCUUAACUCCUGUUGAUAUUCAUGUUAAUGGCAUGCAAGUGGAAAACAAGAAAAACCCAGCGUCGUUAAAUGGUCAUGUAAAGACCUCAACUAUGAAGUAUCCUGCACUGUCUGCCACAGCUCUUGGUGAAAAUGUAUUAAGUGCAAACCACAGCGAUCCUUCCCGGACGAUUGGUAGCCAUAAUGCCUCUGAACAAGUGACGGCCAAGACAAAUACCAGCGAAGGUUGCAAUGAUGCUUUUGUGGAAGUGGGUAUGCCCAGAAGUCCUUCACACUCCGCAAACGCCAGUGAUCUUAAGCAGAUGAUGAGCACCUCUAAGCAAUCCUGUGCAAAGAGGCAGACGGUGGAAUUAUUGCAAGGCACCAAAAAUUCUCAUUUACACCCCGGGGAGAGGUUGCUCUCGGAUCCUGAGCUGAGCGCUUCAGAGGCCACGGUGGCUGAUAAGAAGGCACCUGGGAGCGAACGAGCGGCCGAGAGGGCGGCCGCAGCACAGCAGAAUUCGGAAAGAGCACACCUCGCCCCGCAGUCGACGUACGUGAACAUGCAGGCGUUUGACUACGAACAGAAGAAGCUACUAGCAACCAAAGCUAUGUUAAAAAAGCCUGUUGUUACGGAAGUGCGAACACCAACAAACACUUGGAGUGGGCUGGGCUUCUCCAAAUCAAUGCCAGCAGAAACAAUUAAGGAAUUGAGAAGGGCAAACCACGUAGCCUACAAACCGUCUAUGUCGACAACUUAUGAGGGCCCCUCCAUGUCUCUCUCCCGGUCCAACAGCCGGGAACAGCUGGGCAGUGGGAGCGACUCAGAUAACUGGAGAGAUCACAACGGCAUUAGCUCUGCGGCCCCUGCGGACUUCGUGUCUUCCAUCGGAAGCCCUAAACGGAAGCAGAAAUCAAGUGAGCACUAUCUCAGCAGUAGCAACUACAUGGAUUGCAUCUCCUCCCUGAUAGGAAGCAAUGGCUGUAACCUGAACAGUCUGUUUAAGGGAUCUGACCUACCUGAGCUGUUCAGCAAACUGGGUUUGGGCAAAUACACAGACAUAUUCCAGCAACAAGAGAUUGAUCUUCAGACAUUCCUCACUCUAACAGAUCAGGAUCUGAAAGAGCUUGGAAUUACUACUUUUGGUGCACGAAGGAAAAUGCUGCUGGCAAUCUCAGGUAAAGGAAAAUCAUGAUGUUGUGUAGUUUGUAAGGAUCCCCUUUUCCCCCUCUUUUCCUUGACUGAGUUAUUCUCAUACAUAGAAUGCCGAACGUCUGUUUUCAGAAACUCAACGUAUUCCUGCGUAUAGUAAUAUUCUUGUCCGUCCCUCCACUGCCAGCCUUAACCUCUCUGUUCUCAUAAGUCCACUCGUGUGUCUGUUCAACAUGAGAUCCAUUGAUUUCAACGGGAGUUACUUCUGAUAAGUGAGCGUAGGAGCCGUGCCGAGUAUGGGCUACCAUAAGACUGGCACCAGGAGCUUCAUGAUGCCCGAUUGCUGCCCUGAUAUUAACGUCUAUAAUGGUCUGUAGUCAGGGAUGUGCAAAACCCCCAAACGGGCCAUCUCUUGAUCGGCUCUCCCUUGAAGAAGCUGCUUUAGAAAGGCCGGCUGCGUCUCUCUUAAAUAAGCAGCCUGAUGCCUCGCUC